CUGUUUUGUGUUUUUUAGUUCUACACUGCCUUUUGCAAGCAUACAUGGCUACAGGUGCUCAUGAAGAUAUCAAUACAAUUAUGGCUAGCAGGUUACAAAAGUGUAUAUUUACUACAAUCCAUGUCAAAGAUGUUCCAUUUGGUGAGAUUGAUCCUGUGUUUGCUCAUAAGUACUUUGAUGAGUUGGGUCGAGUUUGGAAAGUUUAUGCAGGGAAUGACUUACAUUUCCUGCAUUGGAAUCAAUCUCUUCAACAACCUCUAAUAACAGACGGCUGGACAAAGCUACGCGAACACUUUAAUUUGCAGUUCCAAUAUCAUGAAAUUAACUUUGUUUAUUAUGGUGAUAGUAUGUUUUACAUGUUGCUUCCUUCGACAGAAUCAUGCCCACCUGAUGAAUUCCCUUCAUUUCACUCCCUAUCUACUAAAGUCCCUGAACCAUUAAGAUUUGAGAUUGUUUUAAAAGAGAACUCAAAUGGAUUCAGAGAAGAAUUAAUCUUCGACAAGUGGUUGGGCGACUAUAUAACAUCUUUUCAUCAUUAUUUAGUGCUUGAAGGUCCCGUCGAAGAAUCUCCUUUGGCUGAAAUUAUUCAAACACCGGGUCGGAAUGGAGUCCGGAAAUUGGAGUAUCAACCUAAAAAAUGCAAUAUGGUGGUACUUUACAACAUUAACCACGGUUGGCAACUUGCAGACAAUCGUCAUAUACAUAACAUUUCUUCAUUAUUAUCUUCAUCGCGUAAGCAUCUCAAGGUUGCAGUCUUAUCUAUCCAUCCUGAAGUGAAACUGAAUGCUCAUUGUUAUAUGUUAUUGAUUUUUCGUUCCAAUUUUGUUGACAAGUUUGAGACAUAA